AUAAACUCAAAUGUGUGGUCUGGGAGGGCAGAUGGCACUCUACUGCGAUCUGAUGGGUUGCUGGCAAGCAUUUCCGUAGUGUAGUUUUUAAUGCAUCAUGACACAGGCUCCACUGCCUGAGUCGUCUGUCCUAAUUUCAAGCUAGACACGCUAACCCGACAUACAUUACUUCACACACAGCAGCAGCCAGUGCAGAUGUAUGCACGCAUUUGACUCGUCCGUUAUACGCGGGUAUGAGAUCCCCUUUUGGUGAUAAAACACUUUUAAACGGAUGCAAUCAUCAUGUUAAAGCGGUGCAUGCUUUAAAUUUAUCCGUGGGCGAUUCGGGGUCGAUAAUACAUGGUAAUACCAACGUUCCCGGAGACAAGGAUGUCGAAACGGCUGCGAAAUAGCGAAGUUUGUGCGGACUGCAGCAGUUCGGAUCCUCGCUGGGCGUCUGUGAACAGAGGAGUUCUGAUAUGUGAUGGGUGCUGCGGUGUUCACCGCAGUCUGGGUCGCCACAACUCACAAGUGCGGCAUUUGUCAAACACACCCUGGCCGCCCACUCAGCUACAGAUGGUUCAGACAUUAUACAACAAUGGUGCUAAUGCAAUAUGGGAGCACACCCUGCUGGACCCGUCAUCCAUCACGAGCGGGAAACGCAAACCCAAUCCUCAGGAUAAAGUCCACCCUAACAAAACAGAGUUCAUAAAAUCAAAGUAUCAAAUGCUGGCUUUUGUCCAUCGUUUACCCUGUCGAGAUGACGACAGUACAGCAGCCGCUGAUCUAAGCAAGCAACUUCACUCCAGCGUGAGAACCGGCAAUCUUGAGACGUGUUUGCGGUUACUGUCGCUUGGGGCUCAAGCCAACUACUUCCACCCGGAGAAAGGGAACACUCCGUUGCACAUUGCUGCUAAAGCAGGACAAGUUUGCCAGGCUGAGCUCCUGUGUGUUUAUGGGGCGGACCCUGGUGCUCCAGACUCCACUGGCAAAACGCCCAUCCACUAUGCAAGGCAAGCUGGCCAUCAGGACCUGGCAGACAGACUGGUGGAAAUACAGUAUGAGCUCACCGACAGGCUGGCCUUCUAUCUCUGUGGGCGGAAGCCUGAUCACAAGAACGGACAGCAUUUCAUUAUACCACAGAUGGCAGACAGCAGUCUGGAGUUAACAGAGUUUGCAAAAGCUGCAAAAAGGAAACUGCAGUCUCUCAGUGAUCAUUUGUUUGAGGAGCUGGCAAUGGAUGUGUACGAUGAAGUGGAUCGAAGAGAGACGGAUGCAGUUUGGCUGGCCACUCAGAACCACAGCACCUUGGUAACGGAGACAACAGUUGUGCCUUUCCUUCCUGUGAACCCAGAGUACUCAUCAACACGAAACCAGGGAAGACAAAAGUUGGCAAGGUUUAACGCUCAUGAAUUCGCCACACUUGUGAUUGAUAUUCUAAGUGAUGCAAAGCGACGCCAGCUGGGGAAUGCUGUCUCAAGUCCUAAAGACAAUGUUGAAGUGUUCUUCAAAAGCACGGGUAGUCGUCACGGAAGUGAAAGCCAGGAAAUCGACCAGCCAGAUUAUGACAGCGUGGCAUCCGACGAGGACACUGACACUGAUUUACGAGUGGGCAAAGCAGACAGAGCGAAGAGUCUGGACUCUGAUCUGUCCGAUGGACCGAUUUCUGUGCAGGAGUUUCUGGAAGUGAAAAAUGCACUUUCAGCCUCGGAGGCCAAAAUACAGGAGCUGAUGAAGGCCAACAGUAAUCUGAGUGAAGAGCUGAGAUUAAUGCAGAAAAAGCUGCAGUCUCUGCAAAGCGAGAACAGCUCUCUCAGGCGGCAGGUCUCCGCUCAACAACCUUAUCAGGCCCCCGGCGGCCCUGACCACCCCAACCCCUCCAGUCCCUCCUCCUCUUCCUCCUCUUCCUCCUCCUCUGCCCUGAAACGCCACCUGUCUGCACGGGCGAGCCGCCCCAUGUCUAUGUAUGAAACCGGCUCUGGUCUGAAGCCCUUUCUCCCCAAGGGAGAGACCCCUUACCCUGAGGAGACCUUCCCCACCCUGCAACCCUUCCCAACCUAUGCCUCCAGAUUUGACAAGCAGAGCAGUGUGUCUGAUGGUGACUAUGAUAACACUGUUAACGAAUCUGAUCUGGAUGACUCCGGCUUUGGCCGUAGAUGUCGUCUGCGCAGCAGCGGCUGGAUGGGGGAGAGCGGCUCUAUACCCGAGCUGGAUGAUCACGAAUGUGAGCCCGACCCCAGUCUGCCCAGCACUGAAGACGUCAUCCGUAAAACAGAGCAGAUCACCAAGAACAUUCAGGAACUGCUGAGGGCUGCGCAGGAGAACAAGCAUGAGAGUGCACCAUGUGAACAGAGGGAGAGUGUCCGCAGACUGAGACACAGUCUGGGUUGUUUCAGCACACUGGUGCCUUGGGCAGACAAGCCCCCGUCUCCCAUGCAGUCCCUCGGCCUAAGAGCUCCCCACCCAGCCAACCCCACCAACCCUGCCUCCUGCUUUAUACCCUGCGCAGAAAGAAUACAUGUGGCUGUGAAUGAAAUGGCUGCCCUGUUCCCCAAGAGACCCCGCUUUGAGACGGUGAGGAGCUCUUUGCGAUUAUUAACAUCCAGUGCGAACCGGCUACAGAGUGAGUGUAAGAAAGCGUCUCCUCUAGAGAGCUUCCCUGCAGCAGACAUGCAGUUGGUCACCCAGCAGGUCAUCCAGUGUGCUUAUGACAUCGCCAAGGCUGCUAAGCAACUUGUUACCAUAACCACCAAAGAGAACAACAACUGAUUCUGCUUCCAUCCAUUUCCACCUGUAAUGCAACCCUGACUUUUUUCCCCAUAUGUUACUUUAUCAGUAAUUAUUAGGUAUGUCACAUGAGAUUUUUUUUUUUUUUUUUUUAGCUAAGGUGUAUAUGCAUGUGUUUAUUUUUAAUUUAAGGUGUCUGUUGUCAGUGUAGUUUGGCUUGAAGCCAUAAAUAGCCUGAAAUGCUCUUAAGGGUUGUGUAAGGACAUGUAUACGUGUUGCCCUGUGAAAGUAUAUUUGACUACAGUCUAGCUGGCAGUUGAGAUGUGGAUUGAGAGAACAAUUUAAGCAGAAGUAAAUCAGCAAUAGAGCAGUCAAUCAUGUAGUACAUUUUCAGUAAAUGCCUGACUCUUUGCACUAUUCUGAAAACUUUGACAGAUUUUACCUCUUCAUAUUCAGACACGUAGUUCAUUAUCUGUGGUUGUCUGUGUUGCUUAAUUAUGUUAAAAUCAAGCCUUUUCUACAAUAAUCUCAGUUAAAUAUUUAAUAUAUAAUGAAAAAAAAAAUCUAUCUGUACAAAGCAUUUAGUUAUUGUGGCCAGUUAGGCCAAGUUUAGGUACAAAUACAAUACACUUGUAAUUAUAAAGAUGUCAUAUUAAUUAUGAUUUAAAAAGAUCAUAUUUCAUUUAAUGUCCGAAGUUAAAUGACUUUUUCCCCAGUUGAAUAAUAUAAUUCAGAUUUAUAGGAUGUAUUGAAAAAAUUAAAAAUAAAGUAACAGCAGAUUAGGAAAUGUUAAUUAACCUUAGUUUAAUCACAUUUCAUCAGUGGUUUAGAGGUCAUGGUACGGUAUUUAAUUACAGCUUCUUCUUUUUCAAUAUACUGCAGAUGAACAAUCUCCACCAGCAGAUACUGAUACUGUGUUUGUGAUGGUUUAGAUGUGUUUUUGUUUUUUAGAUAGUUCCUCUUAUCGUACAUUCAGUUCAGUGUUUGGGCAGCUGUUAACUUUGCAGAUCUUUUUAUUUCCUCUCUAAGUAUUUUGGUCUAGCCUGAUCAGGUUAGUCUUACCAAACAGUCGUGCAGUGGACCGGUAGCUCAAUGUUAUUAGAGCUAUAGUCAGCGAUUUACAGACCAGUGUUAAAAUUCCCCUUCUUUUGACAGUUUGUAGUUGUUCAGAUCUGGUCUUCCACUCAUUAAUGUUAUUGAUAUGCCUGUGGUAAAGAAGAAAAUGUGUUCUUUAUUUUUUAAAUAAACUUAAUUUAUAAUUUUGAGCUUCAAUUCUUGCUUCAGGGUUUUUGUUAUUAUCAAAAACUGAGCCAUAUGAAUAAAGUGGAAAAAUU